UAUUAACAUAUCAUCCCCCUCUUAUAUGUACUUGUUCCUCCUUAUUUAAUUUCAUAUCUAGUAUGCAUUCUAUUCUAAUUCUACUAUUACUGUUACUGUUACUGUUACUAUUUUAUAACUUAAUUAUACAUUAUUUGCUUUCAAUUUUGCAAAAUUCACUAAUAAAAAAUUUUCUAUAUACACAUUUAUACACUUACAGGAAUUAAACUUAAAGUCUGUUACUAUGCGUCCACAAUAUCUAUUCACUUUAAUUAAUUUUCUUUUAUAUAUACACACACAUAUGUAUAUACUAUUACACUCUAUUAUGAUACUUAGUAUUAGUAAUAAAGUUCAGCAUUUAUCACCUUCCUUUUCAUUUGUAACGAUAUAUGUGAUACGAUACGAUAUUGUAUUUUCCUGUAUUUAUUACGUGUUUAAUUCUCCUCCAACAAGAUAAAUAUAUGAGUCUUGUAUAUCAUUUUUAUACAUUUUAUCACAUGCAUAUUAAAGCAGUACUUUCC